AUGCCUGUGUUGGAGGUGAUCUGCAGCCUGAUUGGCUGGUUCUGUCUGUACGCCUUCUUCAGCUGGACCUUCACCCAGCGGGGGCCCGAGUGGAACUGUCGGCUGGUGACGCUGUCCCAUGGCGUUGCCAUCGUGCUGCUGACAGCGUACGUGGUCUUCAUAGACGGCCCGUGGCCUUUCACACAUGCAGGUUCGGAGAACACCAAGCUCCAGACCUUCGCCCUCGCCACCUGCCUCGGCUACUUCUUCUUUGAUAUGGGUUGGUGUGUGUUCCACCGCACAGAGGGCCCGGUUAUGCUCGCCCACCACACCGCGAGCAUCGCCUGUAUCCUGGUUGCACUUCUGAUGGGAAAAUCAGGUUGUGAAACCUGCAGCGUUAUCUUUGGCAGCGAGAUCACCAACCCGCUCCUGCAGACCCGCUGGUUCCUCCGUAAAGUGGGCCUCUAUGAGAGCUUGCUGGGCGAUGCAGUGGACCUUCUCUUCAUUUUACUGUUUGCCACGGUCCGUGUGGGAGUGGGCACGGUAAUGUUUUACUGUGAGCUCACUUCUCCCAGAACCACACUGAUAAUGAAGCUUGGCGGUGUGUUUAUGUACGGACUAGCUUGGGUCUUUAUGGUGGAUAUCGCCAAAUUUGGUUACAAGAAAACAAAGGCCAAGUAUAAAAGGUGGCGAGAAAACCACAGACUCAGAGAACUCUGCAAGGAAAACCUGGACUCAAACAAGAAUAACUGAAAGAAUGCAAGUGGAUAUUUGUGUGAUGAUUUUAUUAGAUUGCAAGAAAGUGGGCAUGGCUUAGUGGACAUGGCAUCUCUGGUAAACACAGUGGAGGUAUUCACACAGUGGGCUUCAGUGUGGUCAACCAACCAAAACCAAAAAAAGGUUUUUAACAAAAUGGUGGUUGGGGAUCAAACACUAGCAGGAUCUGCCUUGUUACGAAACUUGAAUUGGUGUUCCUUAACCUGCUUCGGCCAGACUGUUGGUCAAAGUGUGUCCGAUGUUACUGUUGGUGACUCGGUGUUCCACGAACUCCCUGGUGGGAAAACAGGCUGGAUUCUUUAAUGGCACCUUGGUUUUUGUUUCUUUUCAGCAAUCAAUCCACUAU